ACAUCAUCUGCUCUCGCGCUCUGUCUGCUUGCCUAUAUAAAUCAUCCGACUUGCAAUCUUAACCUGACCUCUAUAUAUUUCUUCUGCUUCUCCUACCUUUCCAGUUCCUGCAUUUCUGGAAAAUCUAUUUCACCGUAGAUUUUUUUUUUUUUUAAAUGCAAGGAUUUAUCGCCAAAAGGCUCUUCUCCGCAAGAAAUUCCAAUUCUCUCCCAACUCCCGCUCGCUGCUUUUCUCAGCUUGCCCAGAAGAAGAAGAAUGACCUUCUUAUCCCCAGAUUACCUCCUUUUGAUUACUCUCCUCCGCCAUAUACCGGUCCCUCCGCGGAUGAUAUCAUGGCAAAGAGAAAACAGUUUCUCAGCCCUUCAUUCUUCCACUUCUACGAAAACCCCCUGAACGUCGUUGAUGGGAGGAUGCAGUACUUGUUCGAUGAGAAUGGGCGUAGAUACCUUGACGCUUUUGGAGGAAUUGCUACGGUCUCUUGCGGCCACUGCCAUCCAGAUGUGGUAGAGUCGAUUGUUAACCAAAUCAAGCGCUUACAACACACCUCUAUUCUCUACCUUAACCACGUCAUCGCUGAUUUCGCCGAGGCAUUAGCCUCUAAGAUGCCUGGCAAUCUUAAGGUGGUGUUCUUCACAAAUUCUGGCACAGAAGCGAAUGAGUUGGCCAUGAUGAUUGCAAGACUCUACACAGGUUACAAUGACAUAAUUUCAUUGCGGAAUGGAUAUCAUGGGAAUGCCGCUGGGACGAUGGGUGCCACUGCGCAGUCCAUAUGGAAAUUCAAUAUCACGCAGAGUGGAGUGCAUCAUGCGUUGAAUCCAGACCCAUAUCGAGGCGUUUUUGGCUCAGAUGGAGAAAAGUAUGCAAAAGAUGUCCAAGAUAUUAUUGACUUUGGAACAACUGGCCAUGUUGCUGGAUUUAUAUCUGAAGCUAUACAGGGAGUUGGCGGAAUUGUAGAACUGGCCCCUGGUUACUUGCCUGCUGCUUAUAAAAGCAUUAAAAAAGCAGGAGGCCUUUGUAUAGCUGACGAGGUUCAAGCUGGAUUUGCUCGUACUGGAAGUCAUUUCUGGGGAUUUGAGGCCCAGGAUGUUGUUCCUGACAUAGUGACAAUGGCAAAGGGCAUUGGAAAUGGUAUUCCCCUUGGUGCUGUGGUGACAACUCCCGAGAUUGCUGAAGUAUUGACUUGCCGAAGUUACUUCAACACAUUUGGGGGUAAUCCUGUGUGUACUGCUGCUGGACUGGCUGUGCUAAAAGUGAUUGAGAAAGAAAAUCUUCAGGAAAAUUCAUUAGUUGUGGGAUCCUAUCUGAAAGACAGACUAAUUGAACUCAAAGAUAAAUAUGAAAUAAUUGGAGAUGUGAGGGGAAGAGGAUUGUUGCUUGGAGUUGAGCUAGUAACUGACCGCCGACAGAAAACUCCAGCAAAGUCCGAGACUUUACAUGUAAUGGAGCAGAUGAAAGAAAUGGGAGUUCUGAUUGGAAAAGGUGGAUUCUAUGGAAAUGUUUUUAGAAUUACCCCACCCCUCUGUUUCACUAAAGAAGAUGCAGAUUUCCUUCUUGAUGUGAUGGAUGACACAAUAUCAAAGAUAUGAAGCCUCCAAAUUUUAACUAGAUAAAGAUAACCACAAGUCGAUAAAAUUAUUUCUGUAUUGUUUCUUACUCAAAAUUUAGAAAAUAUUACUAGUUC